AUGAUAUAUAGCUUGCUGACAACAUCUGUCGUGCACACAAUUCAGUCGCAUCCUAAUCCCCAUAAGCAAAUCACGCCAGCGAAACGGCCCCAUGAAGCUGCGAGUAUUACUUUCGAUGAUUCAAAUUUGGCCAGUGUAACGCUUCCCCACAUUGAUCCCUUGGUCAUCGAAUUACGUGUAAACCGAUUCACCGUUGAACGUGUUCUCAUUGACCAAGGGAGCACUUCGGAAGUUAUGUACUACAAGACCUUCAUCAAACUCGGCUUCACUGAGUUAGACCUGUCUCCAGCCCAUUAUCCGUUAUUCGGCUUCAACGCUAAUCUGGAAUAUCCAUUGGGAAAAAUUACGCUUCCAGUCCGAGCAGGCUCCCGAUCAGUGGAUGUGAAAUUUUUGGUUGUCAAGCUUCCUUCGUCGUAUAUUCCCAUCAUGGGACGAACUUGGCUACAUACCUUGCAGGUCGUGCCGAGCACCUAUCAUCAACUACUUCGCUUCCCAACUGAACGCGGCAUUGAACAAAUUCGUGGUUCCCAAAAAUCAGCACAAGCGUGUUAUCUUCUUGCCGCAAAAACAAAAAAAGAGCUGGAAGAGAGUUCUAUUGAGGUGCUGGAUCGAGAGAGCCUCGACGAUGAUGGGCGGCUCACAAUCAACAGGCAGCAACUAAUUUCCUUCUUACUCGGCAACCUUGAUGUAUUCGCGUGGUCGCUGUAUGAAAUGCCGGGGGUGGAUCCAUCUGUUUCUCAACAUCGUUUAAACGUUGACCCUAAAUGUAAGCCGAUUAUUCAAAAAAGCCGGCGGUCAGCCGCAGAACACACUACUGCCGUUGUUGAAGAACUUGACCAGUUGCUUGAUGCCGGGGUGAUCCGGGAAGUGACCUAUCCCACAUGA